CCUGUAAUAGGCUUUGUAAGAACAAUAUAUAACAUAGAUGUGCCAAGACAUUCUUUAAAAGUGGAUGUUAAAAUGGGACCAAUUUUGUUUUGCGUUUUCUUUAUACCAAUACUGUUUACAGUCCUGAUUCAGUGUUGACGGUUGGUGCCAUCGUCGGAAUAGUAAUAGGUAGUAUUGUCUUCAUAACAUGCUGUGUCGGAGGUAUAAUAGUCUGUGUCAAAAUGGUGAACAGACCGUCAAGAAACGUAGCUCCGGUGCCAGUGCAACACACAGGAAUGGCUGUGAUUUCACAAGGAUAUCAACCACCGUAUAACCAACAACAGCCACCACCGUAUAAUCAACAACAGCCACCGUAUAACCAGCAACAGCCACCGUAUAACCAGCAACAACCACUACAACCAUCAGCCUCUAAUGGCCAGUUCUCUACGCCAUACGGUUACGGCGGUCAGCAGUCAAGCAGCGUUGAGAAACCUGAAAAGUUCGACUCAGCAGUGCCCCCUGUAGCAACUUAUAGAAAUCCAUAGUAACUUAUAAAGUACUCCAUCAAAUCAAACGUAUAUAACUUUACUUGUGAAAAGGUGUCACAGCUCUGGAUUAUCAUUAAAGCUGCAUGCCUCAGAUAAGCCAAAAUUUUAAAGAAAAUCAAACUUGAGAAAAAUUUUAGAAAAGUAAAAAAAGAUUCAUAUUCAAACAAUAAUUUACGUUUUAUUUGUGAUUAAUGACUGAUUUUGCAGUGAUAAUCACCAUAUUCUGGCAUCUUUUUUUGUAAUUUACGAGGAUUUUAGGUGCCGUUUGCAGUGUGUUAAUAACGUUUUUCACAAUAUUUUAAUUUUUAAAAGAUUUUUAAACUUUUGAAUUUGGAGGCAUGCUGCUUUAAAAAUGAUCAGCAUUUGCUUUGUGAAUGUCAUCUUAAAAUAUGUUUGUUUUUUAUAUCUGCUAUCUACUCGAAAAGAUUGUUUUAGGUUUAGAGGAAAUAUCUGUUUACCAGGGUAAACAGAUAGUGGUGUGUUGUUAUUUGAACUGUUGUAAGAUUAUUUUUUAUUAUAACUUUCUGAAUACAAUGUAUAUCCAUAAUGUAUAUAUGGUUUUUAAUAAUCAUUUUGUAUGCAUUCUAAAAAUUUCUAAUAAUGAUUAGAAAUCAGUUAACUAUUAAUAGAAAUAUUUUACAGUAUUUUUCUAUAGAUGUGCCUUCUGUUUAAUUUUAACCUUUUUUCAUGGAUAUUUUUUUUUGCUUUAAAGUUUGUAUUAUUAACACUGAAUAAAGUUUAUUGUAUUGUUUGAUGAAUGCGGUUUACAAAGUCUGUCUCCUUUUGAUUGGUAAUCAAGAAGAAGCAAUUAUAAAAUAAUCUGUUAAUUCA